AUGUCUGAAGAAGAAAACUCUGAGGUCCCCCACUUCAAAGAUGAUGAUGAGGAGGAGGAGGAGGUGAUCGUUCCUAAAAGAAAACGAGGUCGUCCCAGGAAGUCGUCAGCCAAUGACGAUGAUCGAGGUUCGGAAGUACCCGAGACACGAUCAACGCCAUACGAAGUGCGGGUGGGUGGCCAAAAAGCUUUGGGCCGGGCCCCGGAUUGUUCCCAUUUUGAGAGGCGCACUAGAGACAAAGAAAGACGCCAGUGAUUAAUCUGUGACACUGGGACAGUGUUCUACCACCUAGGCUGGGUUUGUGGCAAUGGAGGAGGAAUCAGCAUCAAAGACGGGGAGUACAUUUAUGUAGCACCGUCUGGUGUCCAGAAGGAACGCUUGCAAACAGAUGACAUGUUCGUCCUUAACUUGAGUGGGGACGAGGUUUCCGGUCCACCUCCGGAGAGAGAGUUAAAAAAGUCGCAGUGUACACCACUCUUCAUGUUAGCCUACAAGAAGCGUGGGGCGGGCGCUGUGAUUCACAGCCACUCCAAAAAUGCUGUACUGGCUACUUUGGCCUUUGCUGGCAAGGAAUUUAAGAUUACUCACCUGGAAAUGAUCAAGGGCAUAAAAUGUUCAUCGAAAGGUCGUCAGUUGCGCUACGAUGAAGAAAACUGGUUUGCGUCACCAAUUAUUGAGAAUACCCUUGAAGCUGAUUUAGCUGAUUCUAUGGCCUCGCUAUCUAUACGAAUUAAUUACUAA